AUGCAUACCCCAGCAAACUCUCCGGACCUAAAUCCUAUUGAGAAUGUCUGGCAUAUUUUCAAAGCUAAACUCCGGAAAAGAUUUACAAACAAAGAGAGAAAACCUCAUAGUGCAGACCAGCUAUGGGGGGCGAUGCAGGAGGAAUGGGGAACAAUGGAUCAAGAGGCUAUGGAUAGAUUGAUAGAUACUAUGCCUGAACGCAUUGCAACUAUAAUUUCUGUACAAGGCGGUCACUCAAAGUGGUAA